CUUCUGCAACAACAGCAGGCAAUCGGACAAUUUCAGAGCUGAAAACCCUAAUCUUCUCGGGGGUUGUCAUCUCCAAAAUCUAGGGUUCAAUCUCUAACCAUACAAGGUACUUCCUUAUAUCUCCGGCGCCGAAGGGGCAUUCUGGUGGCGGUGAAAUGGGAGACGACCAGCUGGAUUUCGAGCUUCCCGAGGAGGUUCUGUCGGUGAUUCCGAUGGACCCUUUUGAGCAGCUGGAUCUCGCUAGAAAGAUUACGUCGAUGGCGAUAGCUUCUAGGGUGUCGAAUCUGGACUCUGAGGUGGUGGAAUUGAGGCAGAAGCUUGUGGAUAAGGAUAACGCUGUGCGUGAGCUUGAGGACAAGGCUUCUCGCCUUGAGAGAGAUUGCCGCGAGGCUGAUUCGAGAUUGAAGAUUGUCCUCGAGGAUAACAUGAACCUGACAAAGGAGAAGGAUUCACUGGCAAUGACUGUAACAAAACUCACUCGUGAUUUGGCUAAGUUGGAGACAUUCAAGCGGCAGUUAAUCAAAUCCCUGAGCGACGAGAGUGGGCCGCAAACAGAACCUGUUGACAUUAGAACAUGUGACCAGCCAAUCCCUGGAUCAUACCCAGGCAAAGAUGAAAGGACCCAUGCACACUCAACAAACCAUUCUUACAGUGGAUCUACAGACAUGACCAAUCCAGUUGUCGAAGCUUCAAAAUACACUGGGAACAAAUUUUCAAUGACACCAUACAUCUCUCCACGUCUUACACCAACCGCAACACCAAAGAUCAUCUCCACAAGUGUAUCCCCUCGAGGCUAUUCUGCAGCGGGUUCUCCUAAAAGGACAUCAGGUGCGGUUUCUCCCACAAAGGCAACACUCUGGUAUCCGUCAAGUCAGCAAUCAUCAGCUGCAAAUUCUCCUCCUCGCAACCGCACACUCCCAGCUCGUACGCCUCGGAUGGAUGGUAAAGAAUUUUUCCGGCAAGCCAGGAGCCGAUUAUCCUACGAACAAUUCAGUUCCUUCUUAGCUAACAUCAAGGAGCUCAACGCCCAAAAGCAAACACGAGAGGAAACUCUGAGGAAAGCAGACGAGAUAUUUGGGGAAGAUAACAAAGAUCUCUAUUUAUCUUUCCAAGGCCUCCUUAACAGAAACAUGCGUUAAAACUCAUCAUCUUGAAUCCUGGCAAAUGUGAUAGGAUCAUAACUAGCCAUUGUAGUAUGUGUAUUCUCGAUGGGUUUUAGUGACAUGCAAAUUGUGAUUUGUGCUUUACCAAAAGAAAAGAAAUAUCUCGUUUUGGAAAGUGUUGUGUUUCUUUCUUUUAAUAUA